AUGCCCACGACAAUGCCAGCCUCCACGGGUGGUGGUGGCCUUUUUGGCUCUCUAGGAGGCUCAACGGCACCGAAGCCUAACGGUCUCUUCGGCGCAACAUCAACCACCACACAAGCCCAACCGACCACCUCGAUUCUGGGAGGCGCCGCACAACCGUCUCUGUUUGGUGGGCAGCAAACACAAACGGGCGGAGGUUUGGGGCUCUCUACCAACAAGCCUGGAACAUCAAGCCUCUUUGGUGCUUCCGCUUUGCAACAACCAAACCCAAACCCAGCUACCAAUGGGAACGCGCCGAAUCAAGGUACCACAACUGGAUACUUCGACAGCCUAUUGGCGAAAAGUAAAAGGCAGGCGGAUGGCGAUACUCCUCUCGAGGACCUCCCUAGUCUGCAGUUGGGCUUGGGUGACCUACGACAGAAGCUUAGGAAGCUCGGUCCGCGCGCACAAGAUCCUCUACAGAGCAACAGAGCUCAAUAUAUGCUGGCCGCAUCGGGUGUAGACCCUGGAGCCGCAGUGAGGGACCUCAACUUCUUCGACAUACAAGCCGGUCGUCAUGAAAGACCUGUCCCCAAUGCUGGGACCACAGAGAUUGACGUCGAAACCUACCUUGCCAACUUACAAGCAAAAACUACACUCAGCAUGAUUGCCGACGGCUUGGAGAGAUCGGUCCGAGACUUUGACAACUUCCUCGAGGAUAAUAUCACAAUGGAAUGGGAGGCUCAACGGAAGCGCAUCUACGAGCACUUCGGCAUCAAGGGCCGAGAUGAUGGUGGCGACCUCGGGGCUAGCAUGCCCGGCAGGGAGAGCCUAGGAGGUUUUGGUCGGUCGCGGAGGACCAAGAAUGCGAAGUCGGCAGCUCCUGCGGACCGAGCCAGUACUUUAGGCCGUUCGAAUCUUCAAAAGUCGGUCAUCGGCACACCAAGCAAAAUCGGUUCCCACCAGUCCGAGUUCACCGAUGUUGAAGACAAAACUGGGAAAUCUGCAUCGGUCGGUGGUGUGUCAAUGGAUGAUCGAUUCAUGCGCGAGAAGCAGGGCAAGCUUGCGGAGCAAGUGCGCGAACUUAACAAGGCCCGGUUAGAGCAAAAGCCAUUCCCGCUUCUUCAUAAGCUUGGCGAGGUUGAGAAUCAGUCUGGCGACCGGCACGCUCAACAUCUUGUUGACGCCUACCACGCCGUCAUGGCCAUGGUUGGGGAGAACCUGGAAGCUGACACUUUCGCACGCAACGCCACAGCAAAGGAGCGUCAAUUCACCAAGUUCUAUCUGGAUUUGCAGAGCAAUUCGCCCAACGCAGUUGAGAUGCGGAAAACCAUCCUGAAAGGCGCCAAUCAGUUCUUGGAACAGAAGUUCUUUCAAGAUGCCGAGUCUCUAAUUAGAAAGCACCCUCAAGACGCAAACCUUGGCGGGCGUCCUGAUGUCGUAAGUAAAAUCAAGGCUUACGUACGAUUACGAAACAUACGAAAGGACCUCGUACCAGACAACACGUUCCUCCAAACGGACAAGCCAGGCAGUGAUACGGAGUAUCUCUGGGCCAACGUCUAUUAUCUUUUGCGAUCCGGACACGUUGCUGAGGCAGCGGAGUACGUCAAGACACACGCAACCACUUUCCGCAAUAUUGAUCGGUCAUUCCCAUUGUAUCUUCUCGAGUAUGCUUCGAGCGAUGAAAGGCGACUGCGCCGCCAACUUCAAGAGCGAUGUAACAAUGAGUACAAUCAGCGUAUCCGCAAUGCCUCAGCGGACGCGAUUGAUCCAUUCCGGAUGGCGUGCUACAAGAUCGUUGGCCGUUGUGAAGUCAGCAAUCGCAACCUGGACGGGCUGAACUCUGACAUCAAUGAUUGGAUAUGGCUUCAGUUUAAUCUCGCUCGUGAGAACGACAGGCUCACCGAGGUUGCGGGCGAAUCAUAUACACUAAGCAACCUGCAGGAGACCAUUCGGGAGAUAGGUCUGAAGCACUUCCCCAAGUCUCCUGCCGAGGAUACCAAUGGUACCUUUGGAAUGUAUUUCUUCCUGCAAAUCCUUGCCGGCAUGUUUGAGCAGGCCGUCGCCUAUCUUUACCCCUUCGCGUAUGCCGACGCUAUUCACUUCGCCAUCGCCUUGGAGUACUAUGGCCUGCUUCGGGCUUCCGAUCCCUGGUCUAACCCAAACGAGUUGCUGUCCUUCAACACCCGGUCACAGCCGCAAAUUAGCUUUGGCCGGAUGCUAGGCUACUACACCAGAGACUUCAGAGCCGCCGAUGUAGCUUCGGCCGUGGACUACCUUGCCUUGAUCUGUCUCAACGCGGAUUUGGACGGUGAGACUGGACGACAACAAGCCGAGCUGUGUCAUGUUGCCCUGCGUGAACUGGUUCUGGAGACGCGAGAAUUCAGCAAGCUGAUUGGCGAUAUUCGGCCUGAUGGACAGCGCAUUGCAGGUCUGAUUGAAGAACGAGGUCGACUGAUCGGUCUCCGAAAAGAGGAUGACUUUGUCAUGGCUGUCACUUUGCAGGCAGCUAGGUAUGCUGAUGAAAAUGGGAGAACUACUGACGCUGUCCUACUGUACCAUUUGGCUGCAGACUACGACAGCGUUGUCGCCAUUGUGAGCCGCGCUCUCAGCGAAGCUAUUGCCAUAGACAUCGGCCACGAUCCUGUACGACUCCAGCCAGUCAAACCCCGAGCCGAGGGGAAGCAAGCCGAUGCCCAACUAGGAAGCAGUCUCAGUCUCGCGGCCAUCGAUGACCCGGUUGACCUCGCUCGGACGAUGAUGUCGAUGUACCAGAAAGACGCCAUGUUUUAUUCGAGCGUUCAAGAGCAGAACCGGAUUGCCUGUCACCUCUUGCUGCAGAUGAGCGAGAUCAAGGGCAUGGUGGAGGCGGGACAGUGGCCCGAAACCUUGGAUAAAAUCGGCGCACUCGACAUCCUGCCGCUGGAUGCCAAAGGCGAUGCCAGCAAGAUCCGGCACUGUGCAUCCAAGUUUUCUGGCUUAACGCAACCAGUGGCCAUCAACGUGCCGAACCUGUUGAUGUGGACAAUUACUUGCUGCGUGAAGCAAAGAGAGAGGCUCAUGGGCGGGCAAUACAGCGGCAACGAAGGCACGCGGCGCAUGAUGUGUGACAAUCUCAAGCAGAUUAGCAUGGACUUGACGACAUACACAAGCCAGCUCAAGUACAGAUUCCCGCCGCACCUGCACCAGGCUCUUGCGAGAGCCUCUUCAGACUAG